AUGAGCUGGAAGAGUCUGCUGUCGCCCUCGUCGCCCCGGUACACGCCGCUCGGCUUCCCGGACAGCGCUGCGAAGAGGGUGCCGCCGCGCCGGAUACUGUACGCCGGCGCCGCCGCAGCUGCCACCGUUUUCGUCAUUGCUGCUGCCUCCUGGCACGUCAACCGCCGCUCCCCCUUCCACGACCCCAGCUACUUCGAAACCGUGAAGCUCCCCGAGGGCUACAAGUGGCAGUUCGACACCCAGCGCGACUCUCUCAACUAUGGCCUCACCGACGAGCAGUGCGAUGCCGCUUUUCCCGAUCUCUUCAUCGAAUUGGACCGUGCCCAGGGCUUCUUUUCCGACAACCGGAUCCAGUACAAGGAUAUCCACCUUUCCACCGAGGCCGAGCUAAACGAUCACUGGAACGGAAAGACGCGUGCUGAGUUCCACCUCAUGAUCUACAACGGCGAGCUGAUCGUUGUCGAUGAAGCAAAAGGCGAGCCGGACCGGUCCCGUGGUCUGUCCGCAAUGGCAUCCAUGUACCGCGCCAUCACCGCCCAUCCCAACCCGCGCUCGAUUCCCAACAUCGAGUUCAUUCUCGAUAUCCACGACAACAGCCAGCCCGGUCCCGAGGGCAAGAUUCGCUUCACCUGGGCCCGCCACAAGGACAACCCGUACAUGUGGGUCAUGCCUGACUUUGAUGGCUGGACUUACCCCGACGAUGCGGUUGGCUCUUACAUGCAGUUCCGCAAUGAAGUGGCCGAGAUUGAGAAGCCCUUCGAGGAGAAGAUCCCACAGCUCUCGUGGCGUGGCAGUCUGGGCGUCAACCACGGCCUGCGCCAAAACCUCAUGGACGCAUCUGAGGGCAAGGAAUGGUCCGACGUCAAGGCCAUCGACUGGAGGACGCGGAACAAUGUUUUGGCCAUGAAGGACUUCUGCAACUACCAGUACGUCGCCCACACCGAGGGCAACACCUGGAGUGGCCGCCUGCGCUACCUGCACAACUGCAACUCGGUGCCCGUCAUCCACGACCUGGACUGGGUGGCGCACUACUACCCGCUGCUGCAAGAGUCGGGCCCGUACCAGAAUUACGUCAAGGUCAACCGCGACUUUUCCGACCUGAACGAGAAGAUGGAUCACUUGAUUGCGAAUCCGAACGAGGCCAGGCGCAUCGCGGCCCAGUCGGCGCAGACCUUCCGCGACCGCUACCUGACGCCCGCCGCCGAGGCGUGCUACUGGCGCCGGUUGAUUGCCAAGUACGCCAGCGUGCAGGACUUCGAGCCGCGCCUGUACGACGAGGAGCUUGGCCCCGACGGCGAGGUGGUGCACCGCCUGCGCCGCGGCCAGACGUUCGAGCGCUUCGCCUUCCGCGGCAAGGACGGAUCUGAACACGGCAUCGCCGAGGAACCCAAGAGCGAAUGCAAGAACGAGUCCACCCCCACCCCCACCCCUGCCACCCCCGUCGUGGAGACCCCGGUGACACCCGUCACUGCUGUGCCCACCCCCAUCGAGCUGCUCGAAACUCCUUUUGGCGCUCCGCUCGAGACAGCCGUUCCUACGCCAGUCAUGUCUGACGAGGUGCGCGCUGAGGAUGACGUGGAGACUUCAGCCCCCGACGCCACCCCUGCCCCCACUGGGGCGAACCAGGACGAUUUCUGGGGUCAGUAG